AUGGGGAAAGUAAAAAAACGUAAGGUAAAUAAAAGUCAUAGCAAUAUUGUACAAGAUAUAUCAGAUGAGGAACUACCCGUUGAUUCUAAGGAAAAUGUUAUUCAAACUAUUUUGGAUCAACUUCAAGGAUCAAAUGUAGAAGAAAAAUAUUGUGGCUUGCAAACAUUUGCUUUAUUUAUAGAAAGCCCAGAAAAUAUAGCACAGGCAAUUGAAAAUGGUCUGGUUAAAGUCGUAGCACCGCUUUUAUUGGAUACUGCUGGGUCGGUCAGAAAUGCUGCCGCGGGAAGUCUUCGCAAUAUGUCUGCAGUUCAACUCGAAAUUUGUGAUGCUUUAAUGGAACAAGAUGUAAUGACCCCAUUAAUAUGUUACUUUCAUGAGAAUGCUGAAAAUUGGAUUCCUGACACAAAUUCAAAAUCAAAAAACGAAGAUGUAGAUACAUUUAUUCAAUGUAUAAAUCUUUUAAUGAACUUAUGUGAAAGUUCAGAAUUGGCUGUAAAAUAUUUGGGGCAAUCAAAAGUUUUGAGUAUAUUAUUACCAAGAUAUCUCAAUUUGCCUACAUUUGGCUGUGAUAUAGUAUCUGCUGUGUUACAGUGUUUGUUUGUGGUUGUUGAAGAUAAUCCUGAUGUUAUGGAGAAAGUUAAAUUAACUUGUGAAAAACAAUUGCAAGAACUUAUGGCAAUCGAAAAUAGUGACCCAUCAUUCUUGUUGAUAAAGACAUUGGCAGCUGGUGUGAUUAUAAACACAUGUGGCGGUAACAUGGGGAUGUUACCACUCUCUAGUAAUGUGCCAUUAAAUGAUGGAAAUGGGAAGUUUGAAGCACCGAGGGGAAAGGAAGCCCAAAUACUAGAAAAUCAAUUAAAGACAGUGUCACAGAUGUUGGAUGCACAACAAAGCUCUAUAGAAAUUAUUGCAAACAUUUGCUCAUGUGAAGAUCUCAAUGAUCAAAUGGAUUUACCUGAAUCAUCUGAUAGUGAUGAACAAGAAGAUGAAGAUGACAAUAGCAAUGGUGAUGGUGUAGUUCUUGCAGAAGACAAGCUGCCACCUGAAAUUCUCGAAGCUUUAAUUUCUCUGAAUAUUUUCGAAAAAGUUUGGGGUUGCACUCAGUUGCCAGCACAAAAUGUUAUGUUAAUAUUAAAGGAAUAUGAAGGUUCAAAGUUAAUUCAUAAAAAGCUCCUCACACUGCAAACAAGAGCAUUGUUAUGUAUAAACAAUAUGAUAUCUAGCCUACCCUUGGAGAACUUGGGUGAUGUAAAUGGUAUUUACAAAAUAUGGGUGGACAUUGGAAAACUAGUUUUUAAGGACAAGACUGAAAAUCUGUACAUUUUGGAGUCUGCAACAGCUGUUAUGAGAGCAGCACUAGAUAAAAUUAAAUUCAGAGAAAAUGGCAAAGCUGGUGAUUGUGAUCUCUUUCGUGACUUAUCUUUACCAGAUAUUGAGAUGAUGAUAACGGGCAUUAAGGUGUGUGAUGUGCCGGAGAUAAGGUCGAACCUCAUUCGCAUGAUUGGGAUUUUGGCAUUACUUCUCGUGAACAAACUUAAUGAAACCAGUUCAUCGGUAAUCGUCGCUAUUACAGAAUUUAUACUGGAGCAAGCACAUAAAGAGAAUGAGGUAUGGGUGUUAGCUGAAGCCAUAGAUACCUUAGUGGACUUGUAUUCGGAAGACGAAACUGACGCUUUAGCCGCUAAAGUUAAACUGCCUGAAAAGUUGGCGAUCUUAUCACCGAUAUUAAAAAAUAAGGCACGACUUCAGAGAAAACUACCACGGGAAUAUAAGGUUCUUGUCUCCACUGUCAUUUCAAACUUACCACGUUUCAUCAAGUAUAAGAAAGGUCGAAUCAGUAAGUUA